GAACCCAGCAGUCUUGCUUUAUACCCAGCUGUAGCUUUUGCUUCUUCCUUGGAAUUCCUGCAUCGCUGCCACCAUGAGCACUGGGACAAGGCAUUCAGUCAUCACAACUGGAAGAAGCAGCAGUGGAAGCUGCAGUCUCGGUGGAGGAAGAAUUGGGGUUUCCACAGCCUCCUCUGGACUGCACAGCUCCGCUGGGAUAGGUGGUGGGAGAGCUCACGUUGCAGGAGGCUCCACUUGCGCCCAUGGAACAACAAGAAGCCAUUUUUCAAGCGGCAGCUGCAGUGGUGGAUUUGGUGCUGGGCCACAUGUCAUGGGAAGUAGUGGGUUCGGCACUGCCUCUGUUGGGAGUUCUGCUGCUAGGGGUGGUGUAGUAGGUGGUGGUCAUGCCAACGUGGUCAGUAGUGCUCAUGCAGGUAUGGUGGCUGGCAUGAUGGGCGGUGCCCAUGCUGGCAUGGUGGGUGGCCAUUGCGGCAUGAUUGGGGCUGUCCCUGCUGGCAUGGUUGGUGGCAUGGGCUCUGUCAUGGGCGGUGGCCAUGGGGGCAUGAUGGGUGCUCCUUGUGGAUUUGCCGGUGGUGUGGUUACUGGUGGUGUGGUUGCCGGCCCGACGGUUGUUGGUGGCAUGGGUGGUGACCCGAUGGCUUGUGGUGGCAUGUUCACUGCCCUUGAUGGAAAGAUGACCAUGCAGAACCUCAACGACCGUCUGGCCAGUUACCUGGACAAGGUCCGAUGCCUGGAGGAGGAGAAUGCCAUGCUCGAGAGCCGGAUCAGGGAGUUUUAUGCCAAGCAAGGACCCCUCUCUGAACCAAAGGACUACAGCCACUAUCAUCAACAAAUUGAAGAUAUCAAGAACCAGCUCAUUUGCACGAGUGUGGAAAAUAACAAACUCCUUCUGUGCAUUGAUAACAGCAAGCUGACUGCUGACGACUUCCGAACCAAGUAUGAAACGGAAUGUUGCCUCCGUCAGAACGUGGAGGCCGAUAUUAAUGGCUUACAUCAAAUCCUGGAUCAGCUGACAGCCUGCAGAUCUGACCUGGAGAUACAAUGUGAGAACCUGCAGGAUGAACUGUGCAGCUUGAAGAAGAACCAUGAAGAGGAAGUAACCUGUCUGAAGAACCAGUCGACUGGCGAUGUUAAUGUGGAAGUCAAUUCCUGCCCUGGUCCAGAUCUGAGGAAGAUACUGGAAGAGAUGAGGUGCAAGUAUGAAUCAAUGAUCGAAUGCAACCGUAAAGAGGUUGAAGCCUGGUAUGGAUCUAAGAUUGAGGAGGUGAAUCGUGAUGUCUGCACCAGCAGUCAGGAGAUUGAAGAGAGCAACAAUAAGGUCACUGAACUGAGACGCCAACUGCAAGCCCUGGAGAUUGACUAUGAUGCCCAAUGUAGCCUGAGGGAUACCCUGGAAGCCUCGCUGGGCGAAACGGAGCAUCGCUACAACAGCCACUUGGCUGAGCUUCAGGAUCGCAUCUCCAUCCUGGAGCAGCAGCUGGCGGAGCUCCGGGCCGAGAUGGAGUGCCAGAACCAGGAAUACACGGAGCUCCUUGACGUCAAAAGCCGGCUGGAGCAGGAGAUUGCCACCUACCGCUGCCUGUUGGAAGGCGGGCAGCACGACAUUGUAGGAGGAGGAAGUGGAGCAGGAGUUACUAGAGCCGGCAGUGGGUCGAGUGGAAGAUCCGGAGAGGUUCGGACAGCUCACACUUAUGUGACACAUUCUGCGGGGCAUUCAUACCAUGCAGGCCAUGGGCACCACUAGGCCUCAAGAAGGGAGUGCAUGAGGAACUGAUGGAGAAUGGAUAUGUGAGCGCUUCCCAGUGAAAGACCGACUUAGAAGAUAGGAUCCCCCAAACAAACUUCCCUAGUAAUUCCUCCAAGCUGCUGUUGGUGUGUCCCAUCAAUAGUUCCACAAGGCUGAUCAGAAGGCGCACCAAUACCUCCAUUGCUACUUUCCAUUAUUCUACAUUAAGUCUUUCAAAUAAUUGUUUCUUUCCCAGAAGCAUCAGUGCCGUGGUUAGUUCUUUACUGACCGCUGGAAACCAAACAAGAAGUCUCAAAUAAAUCUCCGCUUUUCUCUUGACACCAACAGAUGCCUGCGUGUGCAAAAUAUUUCUUAACAAAUAACGGAAAGCACCAUAUUAGCCAAGUCACAAACAGGAAAUGUGGGUUCAGGGGGGGGGAUAGCUGUGCUGGUCUGAAGCAACAGAACAAAGUUUGAGUCCAGGGGGACCUUGAAAACC